AUCGGAUCUUCCAACACAAUGGUUAUGGUUCAAUUCAAUUUAACUCAGCAGAAUUUAUUGAACAGCUACGAUAUACUAAGGACCAUGGCAUGGAAUGCAACUUGCGAAAACUGGCUGGCAGCAGAGGCUGCCCUGGAAAAGUACUACCUUUCCAUUUUUUACGGGAUUGAAUUCACUGUGGGAGUCCUCGGGAAUACCGCUGUUGUUUUUGGCUACCUCUUCUGUCUGAAGAAUUGGAACAGCAGUAACAUCUAUCUCUUUAACCUCUCCGUCUCUGACUUAGCUUUUUUAUGUACCCUUCCCAUACUGAUGAGUAGAUAUGCCAACAGAAACUGGAUCUACGGAGAUGUGUUGUGCAUAAGCAACCGAUACGUGCUUCAUGCCAACCUCUACACCAGCAUUCUUUUCCUCACUUUUAUCAGCAUAGAUCGAUACAUGCUCUUAAAGUAUCCUUUCCGGGAACACCUUCUGCAAAAGAAAGAGUUUGCUAUUUUAAUCUCUUUGGCCAUUUGGGUUUUAGUAACCUUAGAGCUACUGCCCGUAGUUCCUCUUAUGAACUCUGUUAUAACUGGCAGCGACACUACCUGUAAUGAUUUUGCAAGUUCUGGGGACCCCAAAUACAGCCUCAUUUAUAGCAUAUGUCUAACCGUGUUGGGAUUCCUCAUUCCUCUUUUUGUGAUGUGCUUCUUUUAUUACAAGAUUGCUGUCUUCCUAAAGCAGAGGAACAGGCAGAUUGUUACUGCAGUGCCCCUUGAAAAGCCUCUCAACUUAGUCAUCACAGCAGUGGUGAUCUUCUCUGUGCUUUUCACACCCUACCACAUCAUGCGGAACGUGAGGAUCGCUUCCCGCCUGGGCAGCUGGAAGCAGUCCCAGUGCACUCAGGUCUUCAUCAGGUCCCUGUACAUUGUGACUCGGCCUUUGGCCUUUCUGAACAGCGUCAUCAACCCUGUCUUCUACUUUCUUAUGGGAGAUCACUUCAGGGAGAUGUUGGUGAAUAAACUGCAGUACCACUUCAAAUCCCUUCCAUCCUUCAGAUGAGCCUGUGAACUCACAUUUUUAUUCAGGGAAAAGGGGGAUGCUUAUGAAACAGUUGUUUAAGAAAUGCCACUCUAAGCCUGUUAGAAUUUGCUUUAAUCUUUAAACACGAAUUAGAGAGUGUCAGAGAUCUGACCCUGAUUUAUGACAAGUUGUACUCAGAGUAUGUGAAACGAAUGGGAUGAGGAGAAUGUAUUGGU